GUGACGUCAUCGCCACGGGGCGGAGGCGACGGUGUCUGAAGAGACUCGGCGCGUGCUGCCAACGCUGGCCUCCCGGCUUGGAAGCUGCUAGAAGACCAGACGCUGUCCGCUUUCCCUUGGUGGUCCACCCACACCUAGUCCCGCCUGAAGAUGGCAGACGAUCUUGGAGACGAGUGGUGGGAGAACCAGCCUGCAGGAGCAGCCAGCAGCCCAGAACUUACAGAGGAAGGACAUGUUUGGGAACCAAGAAGAAUUGUGCCACGCUGUAUGUACCACACAGUAGGAGGAGUCCCAGGAGAUAAGUGGCGAACAAUGAAGGCAUCAGAUGGUGAAGGAAGAGGAGACACAGAAAUGAUGCAGCAGGAGACAGCUCCAGUUCCGGCUCUGUCAAAGAAAACCAGACAGCCUAAAGAAUGUUUCUUAGCACAACCAAAGGAAACAAAAGAAAAUGCCACCAAGACAAGGAAGAGAAGAAAGAAGAAGAUUACUGAUGUUCUUGCAAAAUCAGAGCCAAAACCAGGGACUCCUGAAGACCUACAGAAGCUGAUGAAGGACUAUUACAGCAGCAAUCGCUUAGUGAUUGAGUUAGAGGAACUAAACCUACCAGACUCCUGUUUCCUCAAAGCCAAUGAUUUGACUCAUAGUCUUUCAUCAUACCUAAAAGAAAUCUGCCCUAAGUGGGUAAAACUUCGGAAAAAUCAUAAUGAGAAGAAAUCGGUCCUGAUGCUGAUCAUCUGCAGCUCUGCCCUCCGGGCCCUGGAGCUUAUUAGGUCGAUGACAGCAUUCAGAGGAGACAGCAAAGUUAUGAAAUUAUUUGCAAAACACAUAAAGGUCCAGGAGCAGGUAAAGUUGCUGGAGAAGCGUGUUGUGCACCUGGGUGUAGGAACUCCAGGAAGGAUUAAAGAACUCAUUAAACAAGGUGGCCUUAAUUUGAACCCCUUAAAAUUUCUGGUUUUUGACUGGAACUGGAGAGAUCAGAAGUUGAGGAGGAUGAUGGACAUUCCCGAGAUAAGAAAGGAGGUUUUUGAACUUCUGGAAAUGGGAGUCCUCAGUCUGUGCAAGUCAGAAUCUUUGAAGCUGGGCCUUUUCUAAGUCUGGGUCCUAUGAAAAUUCCAGUUUUUAUGGGAUUUGCAUCUCAUUUAAUAGCUCUGGAAUAUUGCAAGCACUCAGUAAAUAUCAGCUAUUGUUUUAUUAUGUUAACUGCAUCACCAGAUGAAUCACUAGAAAUUUUUGAUGGAGAUUCUUUGACAAAACUGAAGCUGUCCUUUGCCAACCUCUCUGUAAAAUAAAGUAUCACCAGCUUG